CGGUGACCUCAAAGAGAAGUUAGACCCGAGUCUGGACCAAAUCAAAGAACUCGGUCCGGACCUGAUCCGGACCUGAUCCGGACCUGCACCCGAACCGGACACGAGCACGGGACCGGGCACGCGCUCAGAACUUUGCUGCGCUCUGAUUGGCCUGUUGAUGACUCACCUGGACUCUGACCUCACCUGUCGGGGGUGGAGCCUGCUACCAUGAUGUCAGCGUGAUGUCAAAGCGGGGACGGGGCUUCGUGUUGGGCUGUGAGGAGGACGAUGGCGACGCGCAGACAGGUGAGACAGGAGUGACAGAAUUGGCCCAGAACGUUGAGGAUUUGAGAGGAACACUGAAGACAAACAUGGACCAGGAAAUGGAACCCGGUCUAGACCAGGUUCUGAACAAGGACCCGGGUCUAGACCAGGUUUUGAACCAGGACCCGGGUCUAGACUCGGGGGACUCUGUAGACCUGGAGGACCUUGAGGACUAUGAGCGCCGCAUAGUGGUGGGGAUCUGUGCCAUGACGAAGAAGUCGCGAUCGAAACCGAUGGUUCAGAUCCUGGAGAGACUCUGCCGCUUUGACUUCAUCCAAGUCACAGUUUUCCCUGAAGACGUGAUUCUUGAACAACCCCCGGAAAACUGGCCCCUGUGUGAUGUACUCGUGUCCUUCCACUCUAAAGGCUUCCCAUUGGACAAAGCUGUGGAAUAUUCUAAACUCAGGAACCCUCUGCUCAUCAAUGACCUGGACAUGCAGUACUACAUCCAGGACAGGAGGGAGGUGUACCGGAUCCUUCAGGAGGAGGGCAUAGACCUGCCUCGGUACGCGGUCCUCAAUCGAGACCCAGACCAUCCAGAAGAGUGUAACCUGGUAGAAGGAGAGGACCAUGUGGAGGUGAAUGGGGAGAUCUUUCAAAAACCGUUUGUGGAGAAACCAGUUUGUGCUGAAGACCACAACGUGUACAUCUACUACCCCACGUCUGCAGGAGGAGGCAGCCAGAGACUUUUCAGGAAGAUCGGCAGCAGGAGCAGUGUGUACUCUCCUGAGAGCAGCGUCAGAAAAACCGGCUCCUACAUCUACGAGGAGUUUAUGCCCACGGAUGGAACUGACGUCAAGGUGUACACAGUGGGCCCAGACUACGCCCAUGCUGAGGCUCGUAAGUCUCCAGCUCUGGACGGUAAAGUUGAGCGUGACAGUGAAGGGAAAGAGGUCAGAUACCCCGUGAUGCUGACCGCCAUGGAGAAGCUAGUCGCCCGCAAGGUCUGCCUGGCCUUCAAGCAAACCGUGUGUGGCUUUGACCUGCUCAGAGCGAACGGUCACUCUUUUGUUUGUGACGUGAACGGAUUCAGCUUUGUCAAGAACUCCAUGAAGUACUACGAUGACUGUGCCAAAGUACUCGGAAACCUGGUGAUGAGGGAGCUGGCUCCUCAGUUGCACCUGCCCUGGUCUCUGCCCAUGGAGUCUGAGGACAUCCCCAUAGUACCCACAACCUCCGGGACCAUGAUGGAGCUGCGCUGCGUCAUUGCCAUCAUCCGCCACGGGGACAGGACACCCAAACAGAAGAUGAAGAUGGAGGUCCGCCACCCACUGUUUUUCGAGCUGUUUGAGAAGUAUGGAGGAUAUAAAAGUGGGAAACUGAAGCUGAAGAAGCCCAAACAACUGCAGGAGGUUCUGGACAUAGCACGCCUCCUGUUGGUGGAGCUGGGACAGCACACAGACUGUGAGAUUGAAGAGAAGAAGUCCAAAUUGGAGCAGCUCAAAACCGUCCUGGAAAUGUACGGACACUUCUCUGGGAUCAACCGAAAGGUCCAGCUCACCUACCUAAGGACAGGAAAACCGCAGGCGUCCAGUGGAGAAGAAGAUUGCCAUAAAGAGGGUCCUUCGCUGCUCCUGGUGCUAAAAUGGGGCGGGGAGCUGACUCCUGCGGGACGAGUUCAGGCCGAGGAGCUGGGACGGGCCUUCCGCUGCAUGUACCCUGGAGGACAAGCCGGUAACCGCCGUCUCCGUGGAAACGAAUCUCCGAUCGGGGACUACGCUGGGUUCCCGGGCUGUGGGCUCCUCCGGCUCCACAGCACCUACAGACACGACCUGAAAAUCUACGCCUCCGACGAGGGACGAGUCCAGAUGACCGCCGCCGCCUUCGCCAAAGGUCUUUUGGCUCUGGAGGGGGAGCUGACUCCAAUCCUGGUGCAGAUGGUGAAAAGUGCAAACAUGAACGGGCUCUUGGACUCGGACUGUCUCUCAGACUCUCAGAACCGGGUCAAGACCAGACUCCACGAGAUCCUGCAGCAAGACCAGGACUUCGGACCCGACCACUACCAGAAGCUGGCGCCGACCCAGAGUCCAUCUUUGGUGAAUUCCAUGAACCUGGUCCAGAACCCGGUGAAGACCUGUGAUGAGGUCCACAGCCUGAUCCAGAGCCUGACCUCCCAAAUCCGACAGAGACUGGAGACUCCCACAGCCCAGAAUCUUCAGCUGUAUCACUCUGAGUCCCUGGAGCUGAUGUUGCAGAGAUGGUCCAAAUUGGAGCGAGAUUUUCGGAUGAAGAGUGGUCGCUAUGACAUCAGUAAAAUCCCUGACAUUUACGAUUGCAUCAAAUACGACUCCCAGCACAACGCCUCCCUGGGACUGGACCAGACCCAGGACCUGUUUAGGCUGAGCCGUGCCCUGGCCGACAUCGUUAUACCUCAGGAAUAUGGGAUCAGUAAAGAGGAAAAGUUGGACAUAGCUCAGACGUACUGUGUUCCUCUGAUGAAGAAGAUCCAACUGGACCUCCAGAGGACUCACGAGGACGAAGCGGUCAACAAGCUGCACCCACUAUAUUCUCGUGGCGUAAUGUCUCCAGGGCGACACGUCCGGACUCGUCUGUACUUCACCUCCGAGAGCCACGUGCACUCUCUGCUCAACAUGUUCAGAUAUGGAGGCCUCCUCAACGAGGAGCAGGAUGCGCAGUGGAAACAGGCCAUGGAAUAUCUGAGUGCGGUGCCUGAGCUCAAUUACAUGACCCAGAUCGUGAUCAUGCUGUACGAGGACAAUAACAAGGACCCGUCGUCUGAGGAGCGUUUCCAUGUGGAGCUGCACUUCAGUCCUGGAGUCAGAGGCUGUGAGAGCGAGAGCGCCCCCCAGGGGUUCGGCUUCAGACCUGCCUCCUCUGAGAACAAAGACAAGCGCCCGGACCAGGGGAGUCUGGAGGAUUUGAGCCAGGACCAACCCGACCAGGCCCUUCUUAUGUCUGAGCCAAUCAGCAUCCAGCGUCGCUCUCCCAUGGUCCGCAACCGCAAGACUGGAUCUAUGGAGGUCCUGUCUGAGUGUGCUCAGUCUAAGGGAGGACCUCUAAGACUCUUCUCAUCUGGAUCUCGUCAGUCGCCCGAGUUCAAACCAAACCCAGGACUGGGCUCCAUGUGCUCGGGCCUGUUCUCCUGUAGCGCCCCCAACCUGCGAGAGUACAUCCGCGCGCACCACCGCAAAAACCCCAAACCCGGACUAAACCUGGACCAAACCAGGUCUAAACCCGGACUAAACCAGGACCAGACCAGGACUAAACCUGAGCCUCUGCUCCGAAAGCCCCCGCUGUCUCCUGGAAGUCUGCCCUCCAACGUUUUUGGGUUUGAAGGCUGCUCCAUGGUGCCCUCUAUCUUUCCUCUGGAGACACUACACAACUCUCUGUCCUUGAAACAAGUUGACGAGUUUCUGCAUCGAGUCUGCAAGACCCAAGACCAGGAUCAUAACCGGACUAAUGCAGUUCUGAUGGAGUCUCCAGCUCAUCUUCGAGCCUCGUCUGAAGCUUAUCUCCAGCAGUUCCUUCACAGCUUUGGGGGCGUUCCCUCCAGUGGCCCCUCUUCUCCUGUCCAUGAAAGCCUGGCCUCCAGCUUCAGCUUCAGCCAAUGACAACACAACAUCAAAAGACCAGAGUCCAGGGCUGUGUCCGAUUGUUCUCACUCUCCCUUACAGGGGGCACUAUUUAGGGGUCACACAUUUGUAGUUGUGUCUGAAUGUCCAGUGAGUGAAAAAUUAGUGCACUCAACAGGUCAACAUCGACAUGCCUUUAACUGGACACAACACAGAUACAACUAUUACACUAGUACUACUGUUACACUAGUACUACUACUAUAGUACUAUUACUGAUUGGACUGAAGCAGGUAGAAGCUCUGGUUAGUGGUUCUUGGAUUCUAAUAAUGAAUAAAACACUCUUAAAUAAACUGUUAUAGUGUAAAGCUGCCAGUGUUAGCCGCUUUACCCACCGACAUUUGGACACAGCCCUGGUCUCAGUGGGACUUCAGACUCUCAGGGUCUAGACCAGGAUCAGGACCAGGAUCAGGACCAGGAUCAGGACCAGGAUCAGGACCAGGAUCAGGACUCACACAGGGGCAUGUAGUGUUGAGUGCCCCCUACAGGACAGUGUUUUACAGACGCUUCUUCAUAUUUCUAUAUUUGAUAUUUUUAUAAAUUCAUUGUAAAAAGAUAUUUUUUGUGAGAUUUUCAGGGUUUGUUUCAUGUUUCCAAAACAAAACCAAAAUGUGCUUUUAUUUUCCAGCUUCAGGAUUUAAGGAGGCGACUGAAACACCACUGAAAAUGAACCAGUCCACCUUAAAGUCCUGUAUUACACAAAAAUGUGUGUAAAUAAAGCUUUAAUUUUAAUGUUGAAAAGACUGAAAAAUACUGCCUUAAAAACCAGACUACCUUAACACAUCCACAUCUGUGGACUGACAAAUACCAAUCCACCCUAAAAAAAAACA